GAAAAGAGACCCCUCUUUCUCUCCUCUCACGACCAAAACUCGCGUCGGGCGCACCAUUUCCGGCCCCGUCCCACCAAACACAAUCAAUUUUUUUUUUUUUUUUUGACUCGGAAAACCAGAAACAUAAACAACAACAAAUUUCUCUCUCUCUCUCUCUCUCUCUCUCUCUCUAGCAAUGGCAGCAAACAGCUCCUCUCUCUCCCUCUCCUCCCACUCUUCCCUCCCUCUGAACCGCUCCCUCCCUCACCGAUCCCAUCAACCCUCGCCUAACCUGCCCUUCACCAACGAACCUCCGAGCCCGAGGCUCGUCUCGGUCCGGGCCCAGGGUGGGUCCGAACGGGCCUUUGGUGUCGACGGUUUUGAAUCAGGGCCCGGACCCAAGUCCGUGGCCCAUUCGGAUUGCGCAGAAGCUCCGUCGUCUUCUUCGGCCAUCGAUUUCCUCACGCUGUGCCAUCGCCUCAAGACCACAAAGCGGAAGGGAUGGAUCAAUCAUGGGAUAAAGGGUCCUGAGUCUAUUGCUGAUCAUAUGUAUCGUAUGUCAUUGAUGGCUUUGAUUGUCGGUGACCUUCCUGGUGUGAACAGGGAAAGAUGUAUCAAGAUGGCAAUUGUACAUGAUAUUGCUGAAGCAAUUGUUGGAGAUAUAACACCAUCUGAUGGUGUGCCUAAAGAAGAAAAGAGCAGAAGAGAGCAGGCAGCUUUAAAUGAAAUGUGUGAAGUUCUCAGUGGAGGGCUGAGGGCUGAAGAGAUCAAAGAACUAUGGGCGGAGUAUGAGAAUAAUUCUUCAGUCGAGGCGAAUCUUGUGAAAGAUUUUGACAAAGUUGAAAUGAUUCUGCAAGCAUUGGAAUAUGAAAUGGAACAUGGGAAAGUGCUGGAUGAGUUUUUCCUUUCGACAGCAGGAAAAUUUCAAACGGAGAUAGGAAAGAGCUGGGCCGCUGAGAUCGUUUCGAGGAGAAAUUCAAGGUUGGCAAAUACGCUAAAUUGAUUCUCUAGUUCUGUUUAAGUUCCUUGUAUUUCCCGGUCCGUUCUAGUCAAAUUACCCGUUUUCCAGUUUUUGGAUUCAAAUUUGCGUGGGUUGCUAUUUUCGCGCAAUCACGUCUCUUCACUGACCUUUUCGACUAUCCUUAAAUGUGAAACAAUAGCUAAUUGUAACCGACAGCAAACUCGACAAGGAUUCGUCGUUGUUAGCCAAAUGACCGACUUGGUUGAAUUCUUAGAAUUCCAGUAAAUCCUUCGAUUCUAACCUAA